GCUGGGAUCCCCACCUGCCGUCACACCGCGUUUGUCGCCACGCCAGCUGGUAUUUUCCUAAGCUCGAGCCACCACCGCGCGCAUUUUGAUUAGAUUUUUUAUUUCGUAGCAGGGGGGGGUAUCGGCUUUUCAUGUCCGCGGGUGUCGUGUGAUCGCAGCGCUGCGGACGUGCGGAGCGCCCGGUUUUCAUCACCUCCAGAGCGGCGGCGGCGGCGGCGCACGGCACUUGGCGGAGAUAAACAAGCGCGGACGGCGCGUCGCUUGGCCUCCAGGCAGCAGCAGUGGAGACGGAACCACAGCGGAGACCCUGGUUCAUGUGCUGGGCUGUUUGACGCGCAGGUCGUGCCCGCAAGGAUGGGAAAUACGCGCAAGAUGCCCAAAAGAUCCCCCUGGCUCGGCUUGAUCGUGGUGGCGUCUGUUUUACUCUUAGUGGACAGCAAGAGAGCCAGGCAGCCCCGCUGUCCCUCGUCAUGUACAUGUACCAAAGAUAACGCGUUGUGCGAAAGCGCAGGGCUGAUCCCUCGCAGCUUUCCCCCCGAUGUCAUGUCACUAUCAUUCGUCAAGUCGGAAUUCACUGAAAUCCCGAAAGAGAGCUUCAUCCACACGCCUGCGCUGCAUCUCGUCCUCUUCACAGCCAACAAUCUGGAGUCAAUAAACGAGGAUGCUUUCCUUGGUCUUCCUCAUCUGGAGUAUCUGUUCAUCGAGAACAACCAAAUCAAGUCGAUUUCACCCAAUGCUUUCCGUGGACUGAAAACCUUAGUGCAUCUGAGUCUGGCCUACAAUAAUCUGGAGACUCUGCCCAAAGAUUUGUUCAAGGGUCUGGAGGCCUUGACGAAAGUGGAUCUGCGAGGGAACCAGUUCACCUGCGACUGUAAGCUGAAGUGGCUGGUGGAGUGGAUAUACAGCACCAAUGCCACAGUGGAUCAGAUUUACUGUAAAGGCCCGGCCUCACAGUUGGACAAGAAGAUCAAUGAUCUGGUGCCGCAGUCCUUCGACUGCAUCACCACAGAGUUUGCUUCCUACCAGUCCCAGAAGUUUGAAUCGAUAUCGGUGGAGGCAUUUUCCUUUGGCAAUGACCAGUAUGUGGUGUUCGCCCAGCCCUUCAUUGGGAAAUGCAGCUUUCUAGAGUGGGAUCACGUGGAGAUGGUCUUCAGAAACUAUGACGAUAUUGACAGCACGUCCACAGUGAUUUGCAAACCUCUGGUCAUUGACAACCAGCUUUUUAUCAUUGUGGCUCAGCUGUUUGGUGGCUCGCACAUCUAUAAACGUGACACCUCUGCCAACAAAUUCAUCAAGCUCCAAGGCAUCGACAUCCUGAAAAUCCGCAAACCAAACGAUGUCGAGACAUUCCGCAUCGAUGGAGAAUCCUUCUUCGUCAUAGCAGACAGCUCCAAGGCCGGUUCCACUACCAUUUACAAGUGGAACGGCAAUGGCUUCUACUCUCACCAGUCGCUCCACCCGUGGUACCGGGACACCGAUGUGGAGUACAUGGAGAUCUCCUCCAAACCUCAUCUGAUCCUGUCCAGCAGCUCCCAGAGGCCGGUCAUCUACCAGUGGAACAAAGGCACCAAGCUGUUUGAAAGGCGCACCGACAUCCCAGAGAUGGAGGACGUCUACGCUGUGAAGCAUUUCCAGGUCAAGUCAGACCUCUUCAUCUGUCUGACGCGCUUCAUUGGCGACUCCAAAGUGAUGCGCUGGGACGGGGCCCUCUUCAGAGAGCUGCAGACCAUGCCCUCUCGUGGAUCCAUGGUGUUCCAGCCCUUCACCGUGAGCAGCUGGCAGUACGCCAUCCUGGGCAGCGAUUACUCUUUCACCCAGGUGUACCGCUGGGAUGCCAAGAAGGGCGAGUUUGUCCACUUCCAGGAGCUGAACAUCCAGGCGCCGAGGGCCUUCUCGCCAGUCUCCAUAGACAACCGGCAGUUCCUGCUGGCCUCAAGUUUCAAAGGGAAAACUCAGAUUUAUGAGCACCUGGUCAUUGAUCUGAGCAACUGAGUGAUUGUUUUCUUGACCGGUUGUUUAGUUGUUUGAUUUCUGUGCUUAGAGAUGGCUUUUGCAGCGGUGCUGAAAAACAAUGGAAGGGAUCAUCAGUUGAUCCUAACUUGAGCAAGGCAGGCGUUUCCUUUUUUAAUUUUCCAUUGCAAUCAGUGCAUGAUACAUGUGAAGAGAAGCGCAUGCAUCCUAACCAAAUAUAUUUGGCUGAGAUGCAUGCUGAGUUCAGGAUGCCUCUCAAGUUAGGAUUAGAUCCAGUAUAUUGUCAAGACAUUAAUGCAUGACCAGUGCCUGACAUGGGCCGUUCCAUCCUGAAGAAUGCAGCAUCCAUGCUCAUUAACCCAUUAAAUCUUGCAUUGGCCAGUAGGUUUUUUUUUUUUUUGUGCUCAGCCUUUCAUGUGACUCAGCAAUGUUUAUACAUUUGUAAUCUCAUAUAUUUAUCUACUGAAAGUAAUAAUUAAAUGGUACUUUUUAACCUAUUAACACAUUUAAGUGAACAAAUCUGCCAAAAUGAAAUGUUUACAAUUUUUUCUGUCUUUCCACUUGUGCGCUACGAGACUUGUAAAUGACGCUUUUGUAAGUUUAAGAGGGACCACACCAGUUAGAUACAUAUUUGUUAAGGAGAAUAAUUUUAAAUUCUGUUUAUCAUUUGGAAAACGUCAAGAGAAAUGUGUGAGAAUCUACUUGUAAAUCCUUGCGACUUACCUUUUUAUCCUUCAUGGUUUAUAACGUUUGAAGUAUUGAAAAUACAGUUUUUCAUAAGAAGUAUGGGAAACAUUUUGGGCAAACUUGCAGCUAUUUUCACACACUGAAGGGAAUUGAAAUGAAAACUGAGGCUACUGUUCAUAAUGCUUUACCUUUGACUAACAUGUAUGCAAAGUGCAUCACUUGUGUCAUGACUAGGAUUAAGUUAUUGACUAAUAUCAUGCUAUUUAGAGUCAAUAAAGGUUUACAUUAUUAAAUGUUACAUCGCAUCUGAGCUCCCUGCUGGCACUGGUGUAGCAUGACAUCACCUGACACCUGGCCAGAGCAAAACAACACACACUAACACAUUGACUUCAUUGCUUAAAGGAAACUGUCAUCUUGAAAUUAGCUGUGUAAUUAAAUGAAAUAAAUACAAACAAAUAAAAUCCUUUUUAUUUUCUCCAACAAAGUGCACGCCUC